CUUCCCACCAUCACCUCUCCGACGCUCCCUACCGCCAUGUCCUCACGCAAAGUCCAGCCCACUCAGGUGUCGGACGUCCCGCAAGACUUUGAGAAAGAUCAUGUGCAUGCAGUAUACGAUGAGAUAGCGUCGCAUUUCUCUUCGACGCGGUAUAAACCAUGGCCCGUCAUUGCAAAAUUCCUUUCUUCCUUACCCACCGGCUCCGUCGGUCUGGACUCGGGCACGGGAAACGGGAAGUACCUUCCACUCCCGCUCGACAGACCGAGCGGGUCAGUGUGGACCAUUGGCCUCGACAGAAGUCGCAACCUCCUGGAAAUUGCGCGACGAGCGGGCGACGGACCACUGCGUGAGGUAGUCUGGGGCGAUGCGUUGCAAGAUUGUUGGCGAUGGCAUGUAUUCGACUACGCCAUCUCGAUUGCCACCAUACACCAUCUGGCGACAGAGGAAAGGAGAAGACAAGCGGUAGAGGCGCUCAUCCGCGCCGUCUCGCCCGCAUCCGGCCGCGUGCUCAUCUACGUGUGGGCAGUCGAACAGGACGAGCUAUCGAAACGACACAUACCAGCAGAAGAUACUUCCGACGCAGGCGUUGACGUCUUCGUCCCUUGGGUGUUGUCGGACAAGGCGAAAAUUCCAUCGGACACUCCCGCGAGCGAAUCGAGGGUGUACAACCGAUACUACCACAUGUUCGCGCGAGGAGAGCUAAGGAGAUUGGUGGAACUCGCAGCAACGGGGAUGGGGUUGGAGGUAGGCACGAGGGAAGAAAGCGUAGUAGGGAGGCGAGGAUUGGAGAUUGUGCAGGAUGGAUGGGAAAGGUCAAAUUACUACGUAGAGUUGCGACUUUGGCGUACCUGAGGUUCAUCAAUGCAGAACGAAGGAAGCCAAUGAAUGCUGAAGCACGA